CUUUCCUUAUCUAUGUGCACUGUUAUCUCACUGUUCUAUUUUUUCCCCUCAUUUGUAUUAACUCUUUCUUACCUUUUUUUUUUCUUUUUCCCUAAACUUCUAGGCCUUCUCUUCCUGGAACUGGUGGAAGACAAAUGUUACUCUGUAAACGGCCAAGAUGGUAAGAAGCAAGCCGCAUUUCUCCUUGGGGAGGCUGAUAGUUUAAAAGGUUUGUUGUGUCAGAAACAUUCUCAGCUUCAUCACCAAUCCUUUCCUUCCACUUCUACCCACUGGAGACCACUUAGAUCCCGAAGCGGACGCGGCAGCUGAAGUCAGGAAACCAUGCAUUACAUUAGCAGGAGCCAACUGCAGACUUUAAACUCUGUUCAACAUGUGGAUGCAGCAGAGAAAUGACCUGUCCAGACAAGCCGGGGCAGCUCAUAAACUGGUUCAUCUGCUCCCUGUUCCUCCCACGGGUGUGUAAACUCUGGAGCAGCCGGCGUCCGAGGACCCGGAGAAACCUUCUUCUGGGCACUGCCUGCGCCAUCUACCUGGGCUUCCUGGUGAGCCAGGUGGGGAGGGCCUCUCUCCAGCACGGACAGGCGGCCGAGAAGGGGCCACAUCGCCGCCGCCACACCACCGAGGCACCCUUCCCUGAGAUACCCCUGGAUGGUACCCUGGCCCCUCCUGAGUCCCAGGGCAAUGGGACCACCCUGCAGCCCAAUGUGGUGUACAUUACCCUACGCUCCAAGCGCAGCAAGCCUGCCAAUAUUCGCGGCACCGUGAAGCCCAAGCGCAGGAAAAAGCAUGCAGUGGCAUCAGCUGCCCCAGGGCUGGAGGCUUUGGUCGGACCAUCCCUUCAGCCGCAGGAAGCUGAUGCUGGAGCACCUGGGUAUGCUCAGGGAGGAAACCUGGCCAAGAUUGGAGAGCGACCCUGGAGGUUGAUGCGGGGUCCAGGAGUGCGAGCGGGGGGUCCAGACUUCCUGCAGCCCAAGGCCAGGGAGAGCAACAUUAGGAUCUACAGCGAGAGCGCCCCCUCCUGGCUGAGCAAAGAUGACAUCCGAAGAAUGAGACUCUUGGCGGACAGCGCAGUGGCAGGGCUCCGGCCCGUGUCCUCUAAGAGCGGUGCCCGCUUGCUGGUGCUGGAGGGGGGUGCACCUGGCGCUGUGCCCCGCUGCGGCCCUAGCCCUUGUGGGCUUCUCAAGCAGCCCUUGGACAUGAGUGAGGUGUUUGCCUUCCACCUAGACAGGAUCCUGGGGCUCAACAGGACCCUGCCGUCUGUGAGCAGGAAAGCAGAGUUCAUCCAAGAUGGCCGCCCAUUCCCUGUCAUUCUCUGGGAUGCAUCUUUAUCUCCAGCAAGUAAUGACACCCAUUCUUCUGUUAAGCUCACCUGGGGAACUUAUCAGCAGUUGCUGAAGCAGAAGUGCUGGCAGAAUGGCCGAGUACCCAAACCUGAAUCGGGUUGUACUGAAAUACACCAUCAAGAGUGGUCCAAGAUGGCACUCUUUGAUUUUUUGUUACAGAUUUAUAAUCGCUUAGAUACAAAUUGCUGUGGCUUCAGACCUCGCAAGGAAGAUGCCUGUGUACAGGAUGGAUUGAGGCCACAAUGUGACGACCAAGGUUCUGUGGCUCUAGCACACAUUAUCCAGCGAAAGCAUGACCCAAGGCAUUUGGUUUUUAUAGACAACAAGGGCUUCUUUGACAGGAGUGAAGAUAACUUAAACUUCAAAUUGUUAGAAGGCAUCAAAGAGUUUCCCGCUUCUGCAGUUUCUGUUUUGAAGAGCCAGCACUUACGGCAGAAACUCCUUCAGUCUCUGUUUCUUGAUAAAGUGUAUUGGGAAAGUCAAGGCGGUAGACAAGGAAUUGAAAAGCUUAUUGAUGUGAUAGAACAGAGAGCCAAAAUUCUAAUCACCUACAUUAAUGCUCACGGGGCCAAAGUAUUACCUAUGAACGAAUGACAAAAGAAUCUUCUGGCUAGGGUGUUAGAUAUAUUUAUGCAUUUGUGGUUUUGUUUUUAAAUCGAGCACAUCAACCUCAAGCCCAUUUAGCAAUGAGGAAGUGUAGAUGAAUACAUAAAAUAAAUGACUUUAACCAAAUAGCUGUAAUGGGACUGAGCACUGUAGGUGGACUUCAAAAGGUUUUGAAAAGUAUGCCACUUGAGAAAUGUUUGUUUAUAUUUUUCUCUAACAUCAUGCUAUGUGUGAGUCUGAACAUCUGACAACAGAAUAGUUUUAACUAUUAUUCUAGCUAAGUUUUGAAAACAUUUGCUAUGUCGUUUAAUAGAAAAGCUUAAACCAGAGGUACUGACUCCAUUAAUAAACUAUACUUUAUGCCAUUUUGACUGUUCUGAACAAAUGCUAAUGGGUAUGAUUCUUGACGUUUGUCUGUUACUGGUUGUUAACAUAAAGCAGUCUCUACCCUACUCCGAAGAAACUCUACAUUUCAAUGGCUGAUUAUUUAUAGACACAAUAGAAAAUAGACUGGUAAUUUUGCAAAUAAACCAGCAUUUCUAUUUAAACAUAUGGUCAGCUCUGAUGCUCUCACAGGCCACGGGCCUCAGUGUUCCAAUGUAGAGUUUCCUCGGAGUAGGGUAGAGACUGCAGAUUAUGUCUAGUGGCUGAGAAAUUAAAUAAUGCUAAAGUAUGAAGUUACCUAUCUGAAAAUGUACUUAGAGAGUAUCAUUUUAAAAUAGACGUCUCUUUAAAAAUUCAGUUACUUUUACAAAACAUUUUGUAUAAAUUAUGUAUAUUUAUUAAUAAUAGUGGAUUUUUAAAAAUUUGUUCUAUGUAAUUAUAUUGAAUUUGAUUUAAUGGUUACUGCCCAGAUAUUGAGAAUUAGUCCAGAUACUGAGUGUGUUUCAAUAUAUUAUCUGGCUUAUUUCAACGUGUGUAAUAUGAACAAAAUAAGUUAAAACCUGCCUCUGAUCAAUUUUCCUCAAUGAAGGCACAUGACUAGAACUAAAACAGUAAAUUUGGACAAUAUUAAGCCUUAAAUCAUCCUCUCCAAACUCCUUCUAACACUUUUUACAUUAGAUUAGAAGACGUGGACAAGUAGGUUCAUGUGUUCCGUCUUUAUGUCCUUUGCCAAUACCGAAGAUCAUUACAUAUGGCAGUUAUUCACACAGAGGUUUCAAAUUCAGAAUAGAAAAUUAUCCUUCUGCCCUUACACAAUCCACUCCAUAUUUAAAAGUUCAAUUUGUGACGUUUUCAUUUCCUGAAAGUUUAAAAAUACAAUCUGAGAAUGUUUAUAAUACAUUCUAUCUUGUCUUUUCUCAGUUCAGUCUAUUAUUGCUAAAAUACACCACAUUUUCUUUGUUCUGGUUAACUCAAUAUCUGUGUGAAAGAGAAAGACAAACAACGUUACAAUAGAGGCAAGAUUUGAAAAAAAAAACUAUAGAUCUAAAUGAUACAAGUGUAGGGCAAAAUGUCAGAUAAUGUGUUAAGAUUAAGAGAAGAUGGACCAUGGAGAGAGAGAUCAUUUGAUCAUCUAAUGACAGCUUUUCUAGGCUCACAUUCAUGUACUACUUUUAGUACCCUUGUGGGCUGUGCUUGCCUGUUGGACAACUGAACUUUAGACUGUCUUCCUCUUCAAUUUUCCCUCCAUAGACCUGAGUACCUCCCUCUGCUCCUAAAAAUUUAUAGUACUCCUCGGCUCUUCUGAAUCUCCACUCUUACUCACCGUCACUGGGAUUUUAAAGAUCUCUUUCUUCUCUCAUAAUCAUCUGCUUAAUGAAAAUUAGCCUAACAAAAGUUUGGGGACUGGAAUUUUACUUUGACUGAGCCACUGACUUGAAAUAACUCUUUUGGCAAAUUGCCUGACACCUCGUCUUACCAAGGGGGCAUAUUUGCAUUUUUACUGCUUUAAAUUUUUUUUUUUUUUACCAUCUCGAUUUAAAUUUAUCAUAUUGAUGGUAGGACUAAGAGGCGUUUUAGAAGCUGGCUUUAAUGUUGAGUCUCAGUACAACGCUGUUGGGCAGCCUGGUCCUCCCACAUGAGGAUUUAACUUUAUUUGCCUCCAGUGAUUCCAAAAUGCUUAUUAAAUGAAAGGCCCAAGAGCAUGUUUAUUUUAGUCACUUUUGCUUUUUAACAAUUUUGUUUUGUAAUCAGUGCGUAUUUAAUGAUGAAUUAUUUUUGACUGAUGAAUAGCUGAAGGUCAGGCUUUUAAUUCUAAUAGGUAAUGUUUUUCUUUUGUCUUAUUGAAGCAAUGAGAAUACUCUGUGCAUUUCAAAUGCACUCAGAUUAUGCUGUGGUUUCAUUCACAUAAGCACAGUAUGUGUUUUAUUUAUAGCUUCAUAACAAAUUUAAAAUAUAAUAAUUUAGGAGACAUGCAAAAGCUUAUUCUUGUGUAACUUUCUUUAAGCUAAUGAAAUGAAAAUAAAUAGGUAUCUUAAAAAUCUAUAAUAAAACAUUAGAAAUUAAAGACAUGUGCUUUUUAUUUUGCAGAUGAGUUCAUUUGCUUUUGUAGAUGUGUUUUUAAAAGUUAGAUAUAGAGGAAUGUUUGCUACCUUUGUCCAUGAAAAAAGAAAUAGAGUCAAGAAUUCUGUUGGAUUGUGUUUGUGUGUGCCUAUAUUUGAUAUCAUUAUUAUAUUUAUAAUCUGAGGACUUGUAAUCAUAGCCUGUUUAUUCUACUGUGUCAUUAAAUAUACUUUACCUUAUAUAUAAUAAAUUUAAGACCUACCUGUAGAUUUAUUUACA